UCUCAUGCCAAAAGCUGGACGUCGACAGGCGACAGCGCUGCCCGCGCGACCGCACGCGCACGCGGGCUGCCCUCAACCACAUAAAUCGGAAAGCCCCUCGACUCAACAGCCGCGGGGCACCACUAUGAUUGGCCGCAGCACAAAAAAGCCCCCAUCCGCCGAGGACUACGCCCGCCGCGACCCGGGCACCUGGAGCAGCGCAGCGCCGCCGCCCCAAGCGAGAAGGUACGGCGAGUCGCGAAGCGCCUGGGAGGCGCGGCGGCCAAAAGCGGGGACCAACGCCAGCGCAGCAGUAUAUGUCCCUCAUUUCAUGCAAGAGAAUCAGCAGCGCAUUCCGGGCAAGCCCUUUGAAUUACGAGUACAUGUCCGCAUGAAGAACAAGGACUUAGUACAUGUGUUUUCGGAUUUGACCGAGGACCAGACGUUUCUCAGUCUGCGAGAGCUGUGUAGGAAGACCUUUCCCACGUUUGGUCGAAGACUAUCAGCGUUGGAGUGGCACGCGGACGGCCAGCGAGUGUGUCCCUCAUUCUGCGCUGGUAGGAUGGCUUCCUUGCAAGAGUGUGGCCUCGCGGACGCGCGACGGGUCGAAGCGCGCGUGGUCUAUGGCCGGACGAAUGACCGGCCGCCCGACGCGCCGCCUGAUUCCAUUAAUGCGAUUGUUGCCUGCGAUUUGUCGAGGUACGGGCCGCUGGCGCUGGCCGGGUCUACGAAAACCGUGAAGGUGUUCCUCGAGGACAAAGCUACUGGAAGGCGGGUCCGAGAGGCAGUUAGAGAUGCCGCUGCGACGGCGGGGGAUCUAGAUCUCGCGACGGAGGACGGCCUUCCCAUACUCGAUGAUCAGCAACUACGACGCGACGUGGAUGUGGAUGAUCGACUCUUUGCUUAUAGGAGGCAGCGCGUCGCCUGCUGUUUCGGCCAGUUGCCUGGGAGCGCGUCGCCUUUUCGAGCGCCGCCGCCAGCAGUUUGGUCUGAUGUGGAGCAAUUGAUCCGAGACGCGGGCCCGCCGCUCCCGCGAAACUGCGCUUUUUACAAUUGCGAGCCCGUGACGAGCGAUGCCGCUGGUGUGCAGGUGCGUUCAUUGAGACGGUUGGACGCCGAGCCUGACGCAUGUGCGGCCGGUCUGCUGGGGUGCGACCGCGCCUUGGUAGGCGUGGUGGCCGUGCCCUUGCCUACGGCCCGUUCACCACCUCCGGACUCGUCUGAAGUGGGCACGGACGUCGUGUGUCGGUGCGUCGUGCAUCUAGCGAGUGAUGAGGGCGCCUCGUUACAUCUAGAACGCGUCUUCGCGGACGACGGCGCCGACGGCGCGUGGAACGCCGGCGAAGACGUCAGUGACGACGACGAGGCCUGCUCGCGCGAGCAGCACUGCGCCCUGUCACAUCCGGAGCGUUUUACGAGGGACCAGCUCCAAGCUCUGAACUUAACUGUAGAAGUUUCAAGAGAUGUGCCUGGUGAAUGCACGUACGAUGCCGAGACGGGUUCGUUAACCUUCCGACCGUCAAUCAGAUUGGAGGCGAAUACAAAAUACAAGUGCGUCGUGCGCGCCGGCCGCUACGACUACGUCACAUCAAUUGCGGGCGACUGGUGCUUUGUUACCGGAGAAGGGUUACAAGGGGAUAAAGCCUACGGCGGGUUGGUCGAGCGGUUGCGCGGCUCCGAAACCAUGUUCGACGACGAGUCGCGAAGUACCUGGACCCAGAAAGCGCAUGCUAAUGCUGCCCUCAUGAAACCUGUUGUAGUGAAGCCGACUGUCGAAGAAGAGGACGAAAACGAGGGGCCCCUGUCGAAGAACAAGGCGCGGCGCAUGCGCAAGCAGUUGCUACAUCGGGAGGACGAGUUACGGGCACUGAAUGCGGUCCACGCGGCGCAGCAGGCGAUGUUACGGGCGGAGGCGGAUAUUGUCCACAGGAAAUUAGCUCACUACAAGGGCGAGCAGUUGGAGGGCCUCGACGUGAAGACGCUCGGGGUGCUGUUGGCUGAAAUGGACGCCGCGCGGACGCGCGUCGAGGCGGCGCGGCAGCGGAAGUUGCUCACGUCGUGCCCCGACGACUUCGUCUGCCCGAUCACGCAGGAGCUCAUGGUCGACCCGCACGUGUGUGCCGACGGGCAUUCGUACGAGCACCACGCGAUUAGCGCUUGGUUGGAAAGGCACGACACGUCGCCGCAGACGAACCUGCCGUUGGCGCACAAGCACCUCGUGCCGAAUAUUACGUUGCGGAACGCCAUCGGGGCCUUCCGCGAGGCGAACCCGGAGCAGACUUAA